AUGGAACCCUGAUUGCCGAUUCAUCUUAGAUAUAUAUAUAUAGACAUGUGGGGAGAGAGAGAGAGAAAGAAUGAUAGUCAUCAUUUCUCUUCAAACACUAUCUUGAAAGCCUUGGGAUCGAAGGCACAGAUCUUAAUCAUAUCAUAGAGGGAGUAUAAUCAUCUCCCUGUAAUUGCAGAGAGAGAGAGGGGGGGCUAUAAUGUUAUAUAUCAAAUACUGAAUCUUAUAUUUGAGAAGCUCCACCGAAAAAGUAAGGAACAGAAAAUAAAUAAUUAAUUAAAGUGAUCAGAGAGAGGGUGUGGAGAUGGGUUUUUGAAGCUGUCUUUCUUUCUUUCUUUCUUUUCAAGGUUACUUUAACAAGAAACUUGAAAGAGUAAAGAGCAAAAACUGAGGGAAGUGUCGAGCUAAACAAAAGCAUCAAGGUAUGUGUGUGUCAAUAAUUUUGAAUAGUGUGCGGAGAUUCUUGCUGAAUCAAGAUAUAGCUAGCUAGACUUGUUUAAAUUUUAAUUACUUAUCUUGGGAUUUUCAAGCAACUUUUAAAAAAAAAAAAAAAAACUUCUGUCAUUAUGGAGUCUGCUAAUCUCCAUCACCAGCAUCAUCAGCUUCAAGCCCAGCUUGUUGGAUCUUCUUCUUUAACUUCCCCAUCUAGCUAUGGAGCUGGAAGCACUCAUGCUUGGACCCAAAACAUCACUUUGAGCAGUGGUAACUUCAAUCCCAACUGCAAUGGAGUAGCUGUAAAUCCGAGGCACAAAAACGAGACUUUAAUCCCUCCUCUCAACGGUUCCAUGAUUCAAGACUUGGGUUUCCACUGGAAUGGCAAUAAUGCAGGAGGAAGCUUCACCAACCAGUCUGCUCAUGACCUACAGCUUGCAAAAAUCAAACACUACUUAUCAUCAGAUUCUUUCCCCAAAUUUACAGAGACGAUAAACAGUCCCUCGAGUAUUGAAGAUUCUCAUCUAUCAUCCACAACCCAUUUUAAAGAUAAGCAAAAAGAUAUAAGUGCUGAUCUAAGCGAUAAGCUACUGCUCAAGACUAUUUCUUCUGGUUUUGCUAUCAAUGGUGGUCAUCAGUUUUCGCCAAGGCAAAUGUACUCUACCACUUCUCAUGAUUGUUCUACCCUUGGAAGUUCCAUACCCGGCAGAGGGAACUUUAGCCAGAUAUAUCCGAGCAUCAAUAUUUCAAACUUGAGUCCCUCACAGCCGCCGAUCUCAGGCUCUUUUGACAUGAACUUGCAGGCUUUGGAUCUCUUAACCUCUAAAAGAUUUAGUGGGAGUUUUGGGCAGCCUUCGCAUGAUAAUAUUGGCAUAUAUAACGACAACAUUUCUUACAGUCUAGAUCGUAUGCAUAUGCCAUCAUGUAGCCCUAGUAAAACAUCCUCUUUCACUGCCAAUCAAAUUCCAGAGGCAAAGAGGCCCAACGACAGCUUGAUGGAGUCUAAAGCAAACCAGCAAGCUGCACCCAAGAAAUCGCGAUUGGAGACACGCGCUUCCUGCCCACCAUUUAAGAAUUUCGUCGAACAGGUUAGGAAAGAGAAAUUAGGAGAUAGAAUUGCAGCUUUGCAGCAGCUGGUUGCUCCCUUUGGCAAGACAGACACAGCAUCCGUACUAAUGGAGGCAAUUGGAUACAUUAAAUUUCUUCAAAGCCAGGUUGAGACGUUGAGCGUUCCAUAUAUGAAAUCAUCUUGCAACAAGACCAGCACUAGAACUACGCAAACAUUUCAGAAUUCAGUGAUGGAGGAUGAAAAUGAUGAUGAGGCGAAGAAGGAUUUAAGAAGCCGAGGACUAUGUCUAGUACCAUUAUCUUGCAUGUCUUAUGUGACCAGCGAUGGUGGAGGAGGUGGUGGUGGAGGAGGCAUCUGGCCACUGCCUAAUUUUGGUGGAGGAACAUAAAACUCUGUAAUUGAAGCGGCAUUGGGCAGACAAGGUUAAUUAAUUAGCGUGUAACUGCGGCUUGUUGUUUUAAGGUAGUGUUGGAUAGGAAUUUAAGGUUAAUUAAAACUGGUUUUGUUUUGAUGGAGCAAGUUUGGUCAUCUUGUAAGAAAUUAAGGAUGGACCAAAUUUGAUCCAUUAACAAUUCAGAUAAAAUUCAUAUUUAAUUUAAUUUCA